CGUUGAGAACAAUUUGGGUGCGGCAACCCUACGCCGAUCGAGUCGAGUGCACGCGAAAGUAUCUUUACAAUCAUCAGUUGACAGAGUGGAAACCGGCCGCGUGCCGUUUAGCUGCGGCGCCCAGUGACAUGUGCCUAACGUUCGUUUUGACGUUCCUGUCCGCUAUCCCUCUGUUGUUUGUGCAAGGUCGAAUGAUAUCAUGCGCUUGUUCAACUCUGGCAUGCCGUGAAGAAGGUACUCGAACUUGUAGCACCACGGGUCUGUGCUUUAGCCAGUACCUUGACCGACAGGAUGGUUCAGACCCAUUGGUCAGAGGAUGCAUAUCCGGAAGGACACAUUUGCUAUGCGAAAAUAGAAGACCAGCGGUAGACCAGCACAGGAACUGGCCCACACUCAUGUGCUGUGACAAGAACAUGUGCAAUGCUAAAGCUGCACCCAUUGUACCGACUAGUACAACUCAGAACUAUAAUUUUGCAGGUACAAAUACCUCAGAAGCCCCACCAAAGCCAGAGAGUCCUCAAAGAUCCACUAACUCCGUGUACUUUGUGAUGGUGGCCAUCGGAGUGUCUUGCUUUGGGAUAGUGACCGUCAUUGUCGUGUACUUUCUGAGGAGACACUAUACUUUCUGUGAUCCAGAAUUCGGGACAGUUGGACCCAAUGGAUACGUGAAAGGGUGUCCCGAACACCCUCCUGGAUCCAAGGGACUUGACAAUAAAGUGAUAUUGCAUACGUGACCUUAAGAUGACCUUAAGUACCUUAUUUUAAACGACAAAUCUAAGUGGGUUGAAGCGAAAUGAAUGGCUGGUACCAUUCUGACUGCGAAAGCUAACUUUGAACUCCGUUAAAAGAUAUUCCUGUUUCAUUUAUGCAAGCAGGCGGUUUUUCAACGAAAUGUCUCACGAAAUUUGCCUUUCAUAUCGUCCAGUUAGUAGCUAGAAUUGUCAAGAUAUUUGUGGGGUUGUUAUAUUGUCUUCCUUGCCAUUUUGCAAUGUAAAUAAAAAGAAUCGCAUUUUAUAUUAUUGCAAUAAUAAUCAGGCAGAUUAGAAUCUGGGUCAGCAAAUCAGCACAUCUUUUAACGUCAUCAUUAAAGGUCGGGCUUCCAUUUACGUCAGUAUAUAUUUAGUUUUAUUGAAAGUUCUUGAACAUUUCUAUUCCUGAUUAUUGUCUUUUAUUUACGCUGUAAAUGAAAGUUUCGUUAAUGCUAUUGUUUGGUUGCUACAAAAAUGUACUUUCGUCUACAGCUUCACUUCUAGUACAAUAUACUAUAAAGUUCAAUAUACGUGGUAUAUUAUGUACACUGUACAAGUACAGUGUACCAUAUGCCUGUAUAGUAUACCAUGCUAUGACUAUCAUUAAACGUUAGGCUUGCAUGUAGGCCAGCAGAUUAUUAGUUUUCCUCACAUCAUUGAAAUUCCUGAAUAUUAAAAGUAACAGUGUAAAUGAAAGGAAUACUUCCUUUCAUUUACACUGUAAAUAUAUUUAGUUUUUCUGGUUCUGUUGAAUGUUCUUGAACAUUUUAAUUCCUGAUUAUUUCCUUUCAUUUACGCUGUAAAUGAAAGUUUCGUUAAUGUUAUUCUUUUGUUGCAACAGAAAUGUACUUUCAUCUACAGCUUCACUUCUAGUACUUCCUCUCAUUUACACUGUAAAUAAAGGAAAUUGUGUUCAUUGAUAUUUAUAUUGCAGUAAUAAUGUUCUUUCAUCUACAGCUUCAAGUACAUGCAAUUAACUUCACCAAAUGUUGGGCUUUCUUUUUACGGUAGAGGAUUAUUAGCUUUUUUCUAAUAACACUGAAAAACCUACACUUUUAACCUUUAUCACUCCGAAAAGUAAUGAGAUGCAUUAUUAUUAUACAUAUGUGAGUAUAAGGAUUCCUUUUAGCGCAAAAACAAUUGCAAGUUUGUUAUAAUUCCUAAAAGUUAUUUUGAAAAUUUUUGAUACUAUAUAAUAAUUGGUAUUUUUAAUCGGUAAUUUGAUAUUUUCAUCAUAAUUAUUUUCACCAAAAAUGGGGAAAAGAUACAAAGAUGGCAGUCAGACUGGACUUAGGAAUGAUAAGGGUUAAAACCAGACCACUUUCUUUCAUUUAAACUGUAAAUAAAGAAAGAUAGCAUUUUGCUUUUAGACUGCUGUAGCAGCAGUUUUACUUCAGCCAGCGUAAUACUAGAUCGUUAAAAAAAAACUAUUCUUUAAAGUCAUGAAAUAUUGGGCUUCCAUGCGUGCCAACACACAUGCAUUUAAUUUCUUUAUUCUGACAAAUGUAAAAUAACAAUUUAUUAUAAAUAUUCUUACAAUAUAAUUGUCUUAUGGAAUUAGCACUGUUAAUUUCUUUAUAUUGUAAAUAUACCAUUCGUAAGAGUGAUACUAAAUACUAUUGAAAUAUCAUUCCAAUAUUUGAGAAUCAGUUUUAAGUUUUGCUCUGGAAAAAUGCACUUUCUGUCAGAGAUGGCUUUGGAAUUUCGAUCUGAAAGAAUAAUACAACAUUGGUGUUUUAUUUCUAUUGAUGAUUUUAUUGAUUGAUUGUAUUGAUGAUUAUAUUGAUUGAUUGUAAUGAAGAUUUUAUUGAUUAAUUAUACUGAUGAUUUUAUUGCCUGAUUGUAGUGAAGAUUUUAUUGAUUAAUUGUAUUGGUGAUUUCAUUGAUUGUAUUGAUUGAUUAUUUUAUGAUCAAUGGCCAUCUUUAACUGUCAGUGCGAGGAAAGUUACAUUGUCUUUUAUUGCCAUCAAUUAAACAGUACAAAACACAAUCCUGAAGUAUUUGAAAUUAAUUAAUAGAACUGAGCAACAAUCAAUUUUAAACACAAUAGAAACAUGUUAUAUUUCUAUUGAUGAUUUUAUUGAUUGAUUGUGUUGAUUAAUUGUAGUGAAGAUUUUAUUGAUUGAUUAUAUUGAUGAUUUUAUUGAUUGAUUGUAGUGAAAAUUUUAUUGAUUGAUUGUACUGAAAAUUUUAUUGAUUGAUUAUUUUGGUGAUUACAUUGAUUGUAUUGAUUGAUUAUUUUAUGAUCAAUGGCCAUCUUCAACUAUCAGUGCCAGGAAAGUUACAUUGUCUUUCAUUGCCAUCACUUAAAUAGUAUAGAACACAAUCCUGAAGUAUUUGAAAUUAAUUAAUAGAACCGAGCAACAAUCAGUUCUAAACACAAUUAUAAUUAUUUUUAAUAAUAAAAAUAAAACCUUUUUAAUUUCAUAAAUCUGUAUCUAUUAAACUAAGACUCGUAGUAGCACAUAUUACUUCAAUCACAGUUAUACAGUCAUUCGCAUUUCUAUGUAUUUUUAUUAUUGAUAAUUGAUGUAGAUUUUUUUUAUGCUUCUAUGGCCGGUCCAUAUUUUUUUCAUUACCAUUAAAGAGACAUUUUAUUAAAAGAAAUACAUUAAAAGCAUUCAGACCAAAUCUAAAUGUUAGAGAAUUAUGCAGUGGAAUGUUCAUCUUCAUUCUAACAUCUUGAGGUACAUUCGGAAAACAUUUUAUCACACAAAUUAAGAUGUAACUGAUAGAAUGCUUUGUAAAUUAUUCGACAUGCUGGAAUUUUGUAUUUUUUGUACAUACUCAUCACGAAGAUCUGCCUUCAAAGAUAUCCUAUCUUUUAGUGAUGAACUUAAUAUUUAUUACUAUUUAUUAUUGUAUUUUUUUUAUUUGUUUGAUUUCGUUUAAGAGACAAACUCAACACAACAAAUGUUCCUAAUUAUGUACAUAAAGAUAAGUAAUGUCAUAUAUAAUAAGAAACAUUGCUUUUUGUAUGUUUAUUAUAUAGUUAGUUUCGUAUGUAUUUUUUUGUACAUGUUUUUGAGUACAUAGAAGAAAAUAUAAAUAAGUUGCAAAACACACACACACACAUUUCAGAAGUGUUUUUUUUUUUUUUUUUGUACUAAAUGAAAUUUAUUACGAUUUUUUUUAUAUAUUUAAACUGCUUUUUAAUAUAAAAUUGAAAAAAAAAGACAUAUGUCCUCACAGAUGUUUAUACUUCAUGUAGAUAAUUCAGUGAUACCAUUGUCAUGUGAUGAACGUCAUCACGCAUACCAUUCACUGUUCGUUUCAGAAUCCCAUGAUUACGACUUUUGGAUGAUUCUACUCCGUGGAGGGAUGACACGCAAUGAAUGAGAAUUGCAUUAAUCCACAGUUCAUUGAUAGGCAUGUUUUUCUUUUUCACCAUUUUCCCUGAUGUUGAUUUCUGCUUUAUUUUGAAAUGCAUUACUUGUUUUACUUUGAGGCAUUUUAGUAUAUACAUUGCUCAGUAAAAAAUAGGCAUCUGCUCCUCCAUUUGUCACCCCGCCUCUUUUUCUCAACAUCAGCAUUAAUUUGAGCAUGCGCAAAACUGUGGAGAGUUUCCAUAUUCGAAAACAGACAGUAACCACAUGCAUCGUUAAAUGAUACCAAGGUGUGUGUGUGUUUUUUACCACCUUACAAGGCAUGUGGUUGUACAUACCACAUACCAUUCAUGUUGUAUCGUCACGUUCUGUGAUUUUUUGUAAAAUCAUUGACAUGUUGAAUUCCAGAAUUAAAUUGGUAUGCCGUGUUUGAUGUAUAUCACGUGAUCACGAAUUAAUUCCAUUAUCGACAUUCCUUGAGAUCAGUGAAGAAAUAUGUUUUUUUUUAUUUUUGUUGAAAUAAUAUUGACACAUUUAUUUUUUCAAGAGCAGUUAAAUAUUUAUAUUAAUUUUUGUCACUUUUUUACGUAAUUCGUAUCAGUAAAACAUAUUCAAGUUAAAAAUGUGUUUAAAAUCAACCAUCAUUUAAAAAGCAUAAAGAUGGAUUUUGUGCAAAAGUAAUAAACUUUAUCUUUCUUAUUCAAAAAGUAAAUCUGGUAAACAAUGAAAAUAUGAAAGCACAUAAGUGAAUAAUGGAAUAUUUGUUAUUAUGAUUUUUGUCUGUCUGUGCAUUUAACCAAAUGAGUACUUUUUGUAAAUAGUAAACAUUCAUAUCAUUAUAAUACCGUC